AUGGCUAUGGCAAUGGUAAAGCGAUGGCACGUGGCCAUGUUUUUGCUCACACUCGAGCUGCAAGCUGCAGAAGAAGCGGUGCCGGUUGUCAUUACUGACAGCCAGCACGAGCUGAUCCUUGGCUCACCCAAGAGUUGGCUGGAAGAAUGGCUUUGGAAUUUGCAGCUCCAAAUUCCUGACAUCAGUGAGGUCAAAGGUGGUUUCAAUUUCACCAUUACCAAUGGCUUGUGCACGCACUUCAAGAUUGCAAAGAUCGACACUGAGACCCGGAUGUCUGGCCUCAGCAUCACCGCGUCUGGUCUGGAAAUUUCCUGUCGGCUCCAGUGGUCUGCUGCAAGUGCGUUGCCAGACAUCUCCGGUGAUGUGGUGGCUCAGGUGAAGGAUUCUUCCAUUGGUGGCCCCAUUGACAUUGUUUCAGAUUCUUUGCAGCCGCCGCUUCCCAAAGCCAUCAACACCCACGACUGUGGUGGCUCUAUCCAGGCUGACCUGCACUUCUCGGGCUCGAAAGUUUCCAUGGUCUUAGAAUUCCUGAAGCCACUGAUCGACAAAAUCAUCAACACGCGGCUGACGGCUCUGAUUUGUGGGAAUGUGGACAAGGCGAUUAACGAACAAGGAUCGCAGGCGCUCAAGAAUGUAUCACAAGAGGUUCGCAAAAUCUUGCAGACCAGCCCCACUCCACCACCAACGCCUGUAGUGGAAGAUCCCAAGCAUGAGUUGAUCGAUUUUCAGGAGAAUUCCGGCAUUGAGUUGCUACACAGCGUGGUGACAAAGGUCUUGGGGAACAACAGAUCUCCAAACAGUGCCAACGCUCUUUUAGAACGUUUUCUUGGCGCAGAUGGGAACCUUUCACUAGACUCCGUGGUGACUUUGCCAGUGACCAAGGUAAUUGAUAUCGACAAUCUUGGACGGCUCAACAUCACGCUUGAGAAUGCUUCAUUCAGUCACUUGAACUCUUUCAGCGCCAUGGACUUUUACAGCCCACACCCGCAAGAGCUCCAGUUGCUUCUCUCCUUGGCACGCUUGGCCGUGCAAGCCAGGAUAACUUUGGGCGUGAAGCCGCAUGGUUCCAUAACCGGCGACGAGCUGAAAGAGACGUUCUCCGCAAAAGUGGCCCUGUCUGAAUUCUCAGUUGGAGGUUUGGGAUUUCUGGCAUUGAAUGCCAGCAAGUUGUCUCCACUUGGUGCCGACCAACUGGGUGAAAUGGGCUGCGUGGCCCCAGGGGUUGAUGCUGCCGCAGCCCUGCAGUGCGACGUCGGGGCCAAAGAAUUCACCACCCAGCUGACGCCUCAAAGUGGGCAAGAUUUGGAGCACGAUGUCGAUCACAUGAUCAAUGCUGCGGCUUCUCUCCUACUUGGAUCCUACAAGGAUGCCCUCGGAGAAGCGGGUCAUGCCUUGAUCAUUGCCAGAGGAAUCGAGGCAGUCAACUCAAAGCUUCAACAGACCUUGCAGACCGCGGGUGCAUGUCCACCACCCUUCGAGGACUACAGUAAUCAAACCCUCUCUGCCAUGGCAUGGCUGCUUUCCGUGACCACCUGCGUCGUUUCGAUUGGAUUUUGCCUCAGUGCCCUCAUUAGCCCCAAGAAGGUGGAGACCAGACAAAUGUGCCAGACAACUUCUUUGGCUUCGACUGGCUCAACCAGAACAGACCCUACUUCUUUGGCAGUAGAGACUGGACACCCAGGCCUUGAAGGUGGAGAGGCAUCAAGUUUGGCCUUCCAUCCGCGAAUUCGCCCUGGUUUCCGAUGGGGUUUGCCUUUGCUGAUGUUGUCCACCAUGCUUUUGUUCCUAUCCAGCAAUUCUGGCGUUGGCGCAGUGGUGAAGAUCUACAUCACAGCCAAUGGCCGACCAGCGACAGAGAUUCCUCCAGUCUUCGGCUUCUCACUCAUCGGAAGUAUCAAGGAUAUGUUCGACGGAAAGGUCUAUGCGCUCGGGCUUCUUAUUAUUUGCUUCAGUGGCAUUUGGCCAUACAUGAAGCCAAUGCUCAUGAUGGUUUGCUGGUUCACGCCUCCAGCAUAUCUCAGCAUCAGCAAGCGCCAGGGCUUGCUGAACUUUCUAGAUGCCUUCGGUAAAUGGUCGCUGGUUGAUACGUUCGUGAUGGUCAUGUUCAUGGUUGCGUUCAAGUUUGACUUGGCUGCACCUACAGGCAGUGGCGUAUUGAAUGACAUUUUGCGGGAGUCCGGUGACAAUGGACAGUUCCAGGUCCAGGUAGAAGCGCUCUAUGGAUUCUAUUCCUUCCUGAUCGCUACCUUCAUGUCGUUGAUUUGUGGUCACGUCACGACUGCUUGCCAUCGCUAUGCACACAAGAUCGGCGAGUUUGGCGUACAAGGCGAUGUAGCGCAGAAGCGACGUUUGUGCUACGUCCUCCCAUCCUCCAGUGCAGUGGAUGUUCACGGCCCCACAGUGGCCAUCAGUGUGUCCUUGCUGCUGGUCCUUUGUGGCACAUUUCUGCAGACCUUCAACUUCAACUUCCUGGGCCUUGCGGGAUACGCCUUGGGAGAGGACCAGCAUCGUCCUUUCUCCGUCUUUAGCCUAGGCAUGCAGCUCCCUGCAGCGAGCGAAGACCCGAACAGCUUCUGGAUCCGGGCGCUCCAAGGAGUUUUCUUCCUGUUCGCGAUCAUUGUGGUGGUGGCCUACCACGUGAUCCUUAUCGUUUUGUGGGCCGCCCCGAUGACCACUCGCAUGCAGAAACAAUUUUUCCUAACGGCGCAAGUGCUCAACGCUUGGAGCGGCCUGGAUGUUUUCUGCGUGACCAUCCUGGCUGGCGUUCUGGAGAUCCGCCAGUUUGCUAACUUCAUUGUGGGAGACAAGUGCGAUGGCAUUGACGCUCUUCUCGCGAAGAGCCCGUUGGCUCACCAGAUGCCAGGCGGUGUUACCACCUGCUUUGACGUUGACUCCACUUUAAGAGCAGGCUUCAUUGUCUUGGCAGUGGCUGUGGUCAUCUCCACAGUCACAGGUCAAGUCAUGCUUGCCAAGUGCAGUCACGCUCUUUGUGCGCCGCCAGAGUAG